CGUGCCUUUUCUUUGCAAGUCCUUGCCCGUUGGUGGUCCCUGUGACAUCAGUUCCGAUAGCGGGAGCCUGGGUGGAGCGCUUCUCAGUUGCAGCUCAACAGUCGGCACAGCACAUUUGAAAGGGAGAGAAAAUAAAGUGUAUUUGUUUGCAAAUAAUAGAGAGAGGGGGAAUAAGAGCAAGGAAGCAUGACUUCAAAUUCGAACCUGUCGAGCAUGCAGCGGAUGGUGGAGCAGCUGAAGUUUGAGGCGGGAAUCGAGAGGAUUAAAGUUUCACAGGCUGCCACUGAGCUCCAGCAGUAUUGCAUCCAAAAUGCCUGCAAAGAUGCACUGUUGGUGGGAUUACCUGCAGGAAGCAACCCCUUCAGAGAACCUAGGUCCUGCUCCCUUCUCUAACACCAGCCGUACCAGGAUGUUGGCCGAGUUUGGAAGAAACUUGACUACAAUUAAUGCUGCCUUGUUAUAACGAACAUUUUUCCUACACCGUCACUUUUCUUUUUGCUGAAAUAAUUUUUGUAUUUAUUAAUGUCUUUAUGAUAGUUUCCUCUUAAUCUGGCUGUAUGCUCCCUUUGGAGAAAGGGAGAAAUACUAUAACUGGGUUAUGACCAGAGGAUAUAAGGACACAAAAAUACUUCAUUUUUAAUUUGUAGUAUCCUUCCAAUGUUCUCAGAGCAAAAUAUUGUUUACAUGUAAGUUGUUGGGAAUUUGUUGUAGCGUAAAACAAAACAAAGAAAAUGUAUGCAUUUAACAUUUUCAAGGUUAUUUCUAACAUAUGAGCUAAAACCAUGUCUCCAGUACGCGAUGUUUUGGGGAGGGGGGGGGUGGGAUUGUUAACGCGAUGGAAGUUCCUACCAGUACUUGUUUGAUUAAGUUUCCACAAUGAAUUAUUAGUGAUGAAGUAACUUGCAAGAUCUAGUGCUAACUACAAUAUUUUUGUAUACCUAUAUAUCUGCAGCAGUAAUGUGUUUCAGUCACCUUUUAAAAAGUUUUUUUAAAAAGGAAAAGCAGAGUCAUCCUUGAAUGGCUGCCUUGUCCAGUCUGACACUGAGCUACUGUUGAUUACAUAUUGUACAUCUUCCCUGCUUAUUUUUAGUGCAAUGGAAAGAAAAUAAUAGGUCACAGGCUCGGCUUUACAUUAUUUAUUUUACUUUUCACCAGAAAUAAAAAAGGUAAUUUUAAAUUUAAAAAAAAUGCUUGUUUAAUACUGAAAUCACCCUCAAGAAUAGUAAGUAAAUGCUACAAAACUGCUGUGAAUUCUUACAAUUUCCUUUCUUUAGUAAUUGUAGGAUUAAAUAUAAUGUUACACAUUUGGAUGGUUUAGUUAAAUAUAUUAAAAGAAGCAUUUAAAA